AUGAGUGAUACAAGUAUUGUAUCUACAUCUUCAUAUAAGAAUUAUAACUCAAAGGAUAUAGAUGAUAAUUAUGAAGAUUCAUCAUGUUGCGCACAAUAUUGGUUUGGAAUAAUUAGUAGUUUUCUUAUACUUCUUCUUAUCAUAUCAGCAGUUCUACUAAUAUAUUAUAAAAAUAAAUAUGCUGAACGCGAUCGAGAACGUCAACGUAUUAAAAAUGAAUUCAGACGUAAACAUGGUGUGGCGAAUAAAGUUUUAGAUAUGAUUAUGAAAGAUGGAUUUGUUUAUCAAUGGAUUAAAUCACAUAAGGGUACAAUUGCAACAACAUUUAAAGAAUUAUUUGCAGAUAUAGCCGAAACACUUUUUGAUGAUUAA